AUGUCCAGCGGCAAGGCUGUUGGGAAGCGCUCUGCUUCUGUGGCUCACCUGGCUCCUUGGCAGCCUGCCUGGCUGGAAGCGGAGCCGGGUUUCACCCACUUUCUGGAUCUGGACGAUGGCUCCUCGCUGUCCUCCCUCAAGCGCCUGGAGCGCUCGCAGCGCAUGGAGCGGCUGGACACACUGUUCGGCUUCGAGCGGCCCACGGAGCCUGGCGAGCGCACGGGCUGGCUCAUCAACAUGCACCCGGUGAUGGUGGUGAGGAACGGGCACCUCGGCACCAGGCACCGUGCGCUGCAGCUCCUCGUCCUGCUUUACUUGGUCAGUGAGUCCCUGGCGAAGAUGGCACCACAGUUCCCCAUCCUUAUCAAGAGGAACAUCCACUUCCCCUGCUUCGGCUUCUCCAAGGGCAACAUUCAAGCUGCUGAGAGCAGUUACUUGAAAAGCUGCACCUUCAACACCAUCUCUGCCCUUUGCUGCCCCAUCUUCAAGCGGAGCUUCAUCGUGGAGCAGGCAGGAGAGAACUUAAGGGAGCUGGCAGAGAAGGGUGGGGUGGUCAUCAACUGGAACUGUAACCUGGGCCUGCCUGAAACCGACUGCAACCCCCACUACUCCUUCCACCGCCCCGAUCCCAAGACCACUGUCCCAGGCAGUGGCACUUGCAGUCCUGCAUCCUCCUCCUGCCCUCCCUGGAGGUCUGCGAAGUAUUACAAAUGGAACGGGACCCACACACAAGUGUUGAUCAAGGCCUGUGGGAUCCAUAUUGAUGUCAUCGUGCAGGGCCAGGCAGGGAAGUUUAGCCUGAUCCCCACUGUCAUCAACCUGGCCGUGGCUCUGACCUCGCUGGGAAUGGGCUCCUUCCUCUGGGACUGGAUCCUGCUGAGCUGCAUGAACAAGGACCAGGUGUACAGCAGCAGGAAAUUUGAGCAGGCACCACCCUAGAUCCUGGCCCUGGAGGUUUGGUCCUCUGGGACAGAGCAGUGGCCACGCUGCCAGCAAGGCAGGGCAGGGUGCCUGGGCAUGGCUGCAGGCUGGGCAGCAGCAUGUGGCUGGGGCUGCCAGGGCAUCUGGCCCCUCCAGCCAUCUCUCACCCCCGCGGCAGGCUGAAGGUGCCUCAGAGGCUGCUCCACGACAUACAGCACCUCAGGGCUCUCCAGCCUCCAGAGAGUCUGUCCCGCAGGGACCGACCGCUUGUCCCUCCCCCACCACGUACAACCACAGCUGGAAGGAGCCACUGUGCCAGGCAGCAAUAACACUUCCUCCGUCCGGGCCCUGCUCGACUCUGAGCUACCUGCUUUUCCCACGCGAUGCUCCCUGUGCCUGGCCAGGAUGCACCGGGCACCUUGCCGGCUGCUGCUGCUGGCCACCAAGAGCCACGGCCCCCUCCCUUCCCUCAGCCAUGCUUCAAGCAGCUCCAGGCAGGUCCUGCCCCAUGGCUGCCAGCUGCUGUGAGAGGCUGGGGGUCAAGAAAAGCCCCAGUGGCAGGGCAGACCCGUGGUGCCCUGGCUGGCUCCUGUGGGGGCUUUCAGGAGCUUUUGCUCUGGAGCAGAAGGCAGUGCCUGACUACUGGCUCUGCUUCAGCACACCGGGAAUGGGCAUUACCAUUUUCUGGCUGGCUUGGAGCGCUGGCAGCCCCAUCCUGGAGCAGCUCCUGGCUGCGGGCACCCAGGGUCCUGGGGGCAGGGGUGGGCACAUCUCGAGUAGGCCUGCCCUGCUCAUCCCCUGUGCCCCUGCAAAGCUGCCACAGAUGGAGCUGCAGCAGUGGUGGUGGCCCUGGAGCCGUACUGAGGACUAGAGCAAGUCCUGCACUAGCCAAGCAGCCAGUACCCAAUAAACUGCAACCACCCAG